UGGCACCCAGGGGGAGGGGAGGGGCUGGCAAGUGGGGGCCUAGACCCUGGAAGGCAGGGGACUGCGAGCUGGGCUGGCGGAGCAGAGGUGCAGAAGCAACUGAGUCCAAGUUGUCUGGCGGCUUCAGGUGGACCCAGAAGACGUCCCCAACUCAGGGAGAUUCAGCGAUCACUCACUCGCUGUACAGAAUGAUAUUCCUCACGGCACUGCCUCUGUUCUGGAUUAUGAUUUCAGCCUCCCGAGGGGGUCACUGGGGUGCCUGGAUGCCCUCGUCCAUCUCGGCCUUCGAAGGCACGUGCGUCUCCAUCCCCUGCCGCUUUGACUUCCCGGAUGAGCUGCGGCCCGCUGUGGUGCAUGGUGUCUGGUACUUCAAUAGCCCCUACCCCAAGAACUACCCCCCGGUGGUCUUCAAGUCGCGCACCCAAGUAGUCCACGAGAGCUUCCAGGGCCGCAGCCGCCUCCUGGGGGACCUGGGCCUGCGAAACUGCACCCUCCUGCUCAGCAACGUCAGCCCCGAGCUGGGCGGAAAGUACUACUUCCGUGGGGACCUGGGCGGCUACAACCAGUACACCUUCUCAGAGCACAGCGUCCUGGAUAUCGUCAACACCCCCAACAUCGUGGUGCCCCCAGAGGUGGUGGCAGGCACGGAAGUGGAGGUCAGCUGCAUGGUGCCAGACAACUGCCCAGAGCUGCGCCCUGAGCUGAGCUGGCUGGGCCACGAGGGGCUGGGGGAGCCCGCUGUGCUUGGCCGGCUGCGGGAGGACGAGGGCACCUGGGUGCAGGUGUCACUGCUGCACUUCGUGCCCACGAGGGAGGCCAACGGCCACAGGCUGGGCUGCCAGGCCUCCUUCCCCAACACCACCCUGCAGUUCGAGGGCUACGCCAGCCUGGACGUCAAGUACCCCCCGGUGAUUGUGGAGAUGAACUCCUCGGUGGAGGCCAUCGAGGGCUCCCACGUGAGCCUGCUCUGUGGGGCUGACAGCAACCCCCCGCCGCUACUGACCUGGAUGCGGGACGGGACAGUCCUCCGGGAGGCGGUGGCCGAGAGCCUGCUCCUGGAGCUGGAGGAGGUGACCCCCGCCGAGGACGGCGUCUAUGCCUGCCUGGCCGAGAAUGCCUAUGGCCAGGACAACCGCACCGUGGGGCUCAGUGUCAUGUAUGCACCCUGGAAGCCGACGGUGAACGGGACAAUGGUGGCCGUAGAGGGGGAGACGGUCUCUAUCCUGUGCUCCACACAGAGCAACCCGGACCCUAUUCUCACCAUCUUCAAGGAGAAGCAGAUCCUGUCCACGGUCAUCUACGAGAGCGAGCUGCAGCUGGAGCUGCCGGCCGUGUCACCCGAGGAUGAUGGAGAGUACUGGUGUGUGGCUGAGAACCAGUAUGGCCAGAGGGCCACCGCCUUCAACCUGUCUGUGGAGUUCGCCCCUGUGCUCCUCCUGGAGUCCCACUGCGCGGCAGCCCGAGACACGGUGCAGUGCCUGUGCGUGGUGAAGUCCAACCCGGAGCCGUCCGUGGCCUUUGAGCUGCCGUCGCGCAAUGUGACCGUGAACGAGAGCGAGCGGGAGUUCGUGUACUCGGAGCGCAGCGGCCUCGUGCUCACCAGCAUCCUCACGCUGCGGGGGCAGGCCCAGGCCCCGCCCCGCGUCAUCUGCACCGCGAGGAACCUCUAUGGCGCCAAGAGCCUGGAGCUGCCCUUCCAGGGAGCCCAUCGACUGAUGUGGGCCAAGAUCGGGCCUGUGGGCGCCGUGGUCACCUUUGCCAUCCUGAUUGCCAUCGUCUGCUACAUUACCCAGACACGCAGGAAAAAGAAUGUGACAGAGAGCCCCAGCUUCUCGGCAGGGGACAACCCUCCCGUCCUGUUCAGCAGCGACUUCCGCAUCUCUGGGGCACCAGAGAAGUAUGAGAUGCUGCCAGGGUCCCUGAAGAGGGAAGACACGCGGAAACAGGGGAAGGGUCGGAGCUCAGUGGGUGAGCAAGAAAAGCCACGUGGAAGAAGUAAGCGGCCAGAUGGCUCAAAGACAAACUCUCCCCUGCUCAGGCUUGCACCCAGACACGACACCAUGCAUCUCCUCGGCCCCUGGCUCCUGCUCCUGGUUCUAGAAUACUUGGCUUUCUCUGACUCAAGUAAAUGGGCUUUUGAGCACCCUGAAACCCUCUACGCCUGGGAGGGGGCCUGCGUCUGGAUCCCCUGCACCUACAGAGCCCUAGAUCGUGACCUGGAAAGCUUCAUCCUGUUCCACAAUCCUGAGUAUAACAAGAACACCUCGAAGUUUGAUGGGACAAGACUCUAUGAAAGCACAAAGGAUGGGAAGGUUCCUUCUGAGCAGAAAAGGGUGCAAUUCCUGGGAGACAAGAAUAAGAACUGCACACUGAGUAUCCACCCGGUGCACGUCAAUGACAGUGGUCAGCUGGGGCUGAGGAUGGAGUCCAAGACUGCGAAAUGGAUGGAACGAAUACACCUCAAUGUCUCUGAAAGGCCUUUUCCACCUCAUAUCCAGCUCCCUCCAGAAAUUCAAGAGUCCCAGGAAGUCACUCUGACCUGCUUGCUGAAUUUCUCCUGCUAUGGGUAUCCGAUCCAAUUGCAGUGGCUCCUAGAGGGGGUUCCAAUGAGGCAGGCUGCUGUCACCUCGACCUCCUUGACCAUCAAGUCUGUCUUCACCCGGAGCGAGCUCAAGUUCUCCCCACAGUGGAGUCACCAUGGGAAGAUUGUGACCUGCCAGCUUCAGGAUGCAGAUGGGAAGUUCCUCUCCAAUGACACGGUGCAGCUGAACGUGAAGCACACCCCGAAGUUGGAGAUCAAGGUCACUCCCAGUGAUGCCAUAGUGAGGGAGGGGGAGUCUGUGACCAUGACCUGCGAGGUCAGCAGCAGCAACCCGGAGUACACGACGAUAUCCUGGCUCAAAGAUGGGACCUCGCUGAAGAAGCAGAAUACACUCAUGCUAAAUCUGCACGAAGUGACCAAGGACCAGAGUGGGAAGUACUGCUGUCAGGUCUCCAAUGACGUGGGCCCAGGAAGGUCGGCAGAAGUGUUCCUGCAAGUGCAGUAUGCCCCGGAACCUUCCACGGUUCAGAUCCUCCACUCACCAGCUGUGGAGGGAAGUCAAGUCGAGUUUCUUUGCAUGUCACUGGCCAAUCCUCUUCCAACAAAUUACACGUGGUACCACAAUGGGAAAGAAAUGCAGGGAAGGACAGAGGAGAAAGUCCACAUCCCAAAGAUCCUCCCCUGGCACGCUGGGACUUAUUCCUGUGUGGCAGAAAACAUUCUUGGUACUGGACAGAGGGGCCCGGGAGCUGAGCUGGAUGUCCAGUAUCCUCCCAAGAAGGUGACCACAGUGAUUCAAAACCCCACGCCGAUUCGAGAAGGAGACACAGUGACCCUUUCCUGCAACUACAAUUCCAGUAACCCCAGUGUUACCCGGUAUGAAUGGAAACCCCAUGGCGCCUGGGAGGAGCCAUCGCUUGGGGUGCUGAAGAUCCAAAACGUUGGCUGGGGCAACACAACCAUCGCCUGCGCAGCUUGUAACAGUUGGUGCUCGUGGGCCUCCCCUGUCGCCCUGAAUGUCCAGUAUGCCCCCCGAGACGUGAGGGUCCGGAAAAUCAAGCCCCUUUCCGAGAUUCACUCUGGAAACUCGGUCAGCCUCCAAUGUGACUUCUCAAGCAGCCACCCCAAAGAAGUCCAGUUCUUCUGGGAGAAAAAUGGCAGGCUUCUGGGGAAAGAAAGCCGGCUGAAUUUUGACUCCAUCUCCCCAGAAGAUGCUGGGAGUUACAGCUGCUGGGUGAACAACUCCAUAGGACAGACAGCGUCCAAGGCCUGGACACUCGAAGUGCUGUAUGCACCCAGGAGGCUGCGUGUGUCCAUGAGCCCGGGGGACCAAGUGAUGGAGGGGAAGAGUGCAACCCUGACCUGUGAGAGCGACGCCAACCCUCCCGUCUCCCACUACACCUGGUUUGACUGGAAUAACCAAAGCCUCCCCUACCACAGCCAGAAGCUGAGAUUGGAGCCGGUGAAGGUCCAGCACUCGGGUGCCUACUGGUGCCAGGGGACCAACAGUGUGGGCAAGGGCCAUUCGCCUCUCAGCACCCUCACCGUCUACUAUAGCCCGGAGACCAUCGGCAGGCGAGUGGCUGUGGGAUUCGGGUCCUGCCUGGCCAUCCUCAUCCUGGCAAUCUGUGGGCUCAAGCUCCAGCGACGUUGGAAGAGGACACAGAGCCAGCAGGGGCUUCAGGAGAAUUCCAGCGGCCAGAGCUUCUUUGUGAGGAAUAAAAAGGUUAGAAGGGCCCCCCUCUCUGAAGGCCCCCACUCCCUGGGAUACUACAAUCCAAUGAUGGAAGAUGGCAUUAGCUACACCACCCUGCGCUUUCCCGAGACGAACAUACCACGAACUGGAGAUGCAGAGACCUCAGAGAUGCAGAGCCCUCCCCCAGACUGCGAUGACACGGUCACUUAUUCAGUGUUGCACAAGCGCCAAAUGGGCGACUAUGAGAACGUCAUUCCAGAUUUUUCAGAAGAUGAGGGGAUUCAUUACUCAGAGCUGAUUCAGUUUGGGGUCGGGGAGCGGCCUCAGGCACAAGAAAAUGUGGACUAUGUGAUCCUCAAACAUUGACACCUGACGGGCUGCAGCGGAGGCGCUGGGGGCAGUGGGGGCCAGGGAAGUCCCAGAGUUUCCCCAGACACUGCCACACAGCUUCCUCCUGCGCGCAUGUGCACACACACACACAUACACACGCACUGUGGAGAACCUUGUGCCUGGCUCAGAGCCAGUCUUUUCGGUGAGGGUAACCCCAAACCUCCAAAACUCCUGCCCCUGUUCUCUUCCACUCUCCUUGCUACCCAGAAAUCCAUCUAAAUACCUGCCCUGACAUGCACACCUCCGCCUGCCCCCACCACGGCCACUGGCCAUCUCCACCCCCAGCUGCUUGUGUCCCUCCUGGGAUCUGCUCAUCAUCAUUUUUCCUUCCCUUCUCCAUCUCUCUGGCCCCCUACCCCUGAUCUGACAUCCCCACUCACGAAUAUUAUGCCCAGUUUCUGCCUCUGAGGGAAAGCCCAGAAAAGGACAGAAAUGAAGUAGGAAGGGGCCCAGUCCUGGCCUGGCUUCUCCUCUGGAAGUGAGGCAUUGCACGGGGAGGCGUACGUAUCAGCGGCCCCUUGACUCCGGGGACUCCGGGUUUGAGAUGGACACACUGGUGUGGAUUAACCUGCCAGGGAGACAGAGCUCACAAUAAAAAUGGCUCAGAUGCCACUUCAAAGAA